GGGGCUGCCAGCUCUGCAGGCAAGGGGUGACAUAACUGGGCUCCUGAGCCCCACAGGGGUGCUUCAGAAAGAAUGUAGUUGGUCAAGGGAGCCAUGGACUCAAAAAGGUUGAAAACAUCUGUUCUAACCAACAGAGCUGUCGAGGCUGACUGCACAUGAUACUCUCCUGUGGCCUUGGCUGAUUUUGACUGGCUUGUUUGUUUUUUCUUUAUUUUUAACACACACAGCAUUUUUCAAUUACAUGUACUCAUAUCUUUUGCAAGAAGGCACCCAUGUGACUUUGAGGGUAGGCUUUAUAAGUCUGAAACAUGCCACAUUCUGGAUUCUUGUCCUAGGUGCACCAGAUCAAACCUUUGGCUUACUGCUAAGAACCAAUGAAGAGCUCUUGGGUUUUGUUGCUGCUGACACUUGCCUUGGCAGAGGCCUUUUCUAGCCAAAGAGGACUCAUCUUGAAUCUGGAGAAUGGAGAGCUAUGUCUCAACAGUCUCCAAUGCAAAAAUGGAUGCUGUCACAGAGGGAGUGGCCUAAGCCUGGCUCGUUGUGCAGACAAAGCAGCUGAGUUUCAGGAGUGCUCUCGGUGGCACCUUACUGGGAUAUACUACAGGUGUCCCUGUGAAAAUGGAUUAAGCUGUGAGGCUGACAGGACAAUUAUCGGGACUAUCACCAACACCGACUAUGGCAUUUGUGAGGACCCAGCAAGAAAAUUAAAAGUUGAGGAAAAACAUUAAAGAUGCACUUGCUCUCCUAUUCUCCUCUGUGA